AUGACUAACAACACUGGCAACGCCUCGACCAAUGAGUCGUACCUCGAGCAAGCCUCCGAUCUUGCUUCGCGCGCCAUCGGAACCGUGACUGGCACCAACACCUCCACUCAGACCGACGAACACAAGCACGAAGCCAAGCGAGACGAUGGAUCCUGGGACCAGACCAUCGGCUCCGCCAAGGAGUCCGUCGGCAACCUGAUCGGCAACCAGACCCUGCGCCGCACCGGAGCCGAGCAGAACGCCGCCGGAAAGGAGCAGGAAGCCAAGAGCCAGCUCCAGAACUGGGGCGAGGGCAUUGAGAACCGCGCUCAGGGUGCUAUUGGAUCCAUUGGUGCUGCUGUCACUGGUAACCGCUCCGAGGAGGAUAAGUACCGUGACUUGCAUGACGAGGGAAAGGCCCAUCAGCUCAGUGCUGAGGCUGAUAUGAUCAAGAAGAAUGCUGCUUAG